GGAGACCCGGAGAAACAAGGGAUAAUAAGCCAGCGCCGCCCGGGCGCAGUCCCGCCGAGCUACCGGCAGGGAGCGGAGCAGAGGAGCCGCCGCCCGGUCCGGCAGUCCGGCAGUCCGGCAGUCCGUCCGUCCGUCCGUCCGUCGGCCCGUCUGUGCCGUAGCCCUCCGCUCAAGCCUGAUCUGCGCGCAGCAGGGACAGCCCCAGAGGUGAAGUAGGAACCCCCGGGAUUGACCUGGGACGGCCACCGAUGCCAGAUCCAGAUCCUAGUCGGUCCCAGGCAGGUCAGCAUGGCGGAGCACCCAGAUGUGGAAGGCUUGGAGGAGAGCUUCCGGAAGUUUGCCAUCCAUGGAGACACCAAGGCCACGGGGCAGGAGAUGAAUGGCAAGAACUGGGCCAAACUCUGUAAGGACUGCAAGGUUGCUGACGGCAAGAACGUCACAGGCAUAGAUGUGGACAUCGUCUUCUCCAAAGUCAAGGGGAAGACUGCCCGAGUCAUCAAUUAUGAGGAGUUUAAGAAGGCCCUGGAGGAGCUGGCUGCAAAGAGAUUUAAGGGCAAGAGCAAGGAGGAGGCGUUUGAUGCCAUCUGCAAGCUGGUGGCGGGCAAAGAGCCAGCCAACGUGGGCGUCACCAAAGCCAAAACAGGAGGGGCUGUGGAACGGCUGACCGACACCAGCAAGUACACAGGCUCCCACAAGGAACGCUUUGACGAAAGCGGCAAAGGAAAGGGCAUCGCGGGGCGGCAAGACAUUCUGGAUGACAGCGGCUACGUCAGCGCCUACAAGCACGCAGGAACCUAUGACUCCAAGGUGAAGAAGUGAGGCCCAGGCAGCUGCCUCCCCCCUGCCUGAGGCGCCGGGCCCAGGCCUGAAGGGUACAGGAAUGGUGGGGAGGAAGGGCACUGACCGCCUCCCCUCCUGCCUUGGUGGCCACGUCACAGCCCCAGCACACCCCAGGCUGCCCUGACUUUGUGCCCUGUGCCUUCAAUUCCUGCCCAGGUGUGGGGUGCCCCUUUGGCCUGCCAGGGCCCUAAUGCAGGCUGGUCCCAUUGCCCCCUCCUCACUAACCUUCUGGGCAAAGCAUGGGGCCCAGGCCCCGUAGCAAGGAUUCCCAGCCCAAAGUGAAAUGACUGGCCUGUCCCGCCUCUCGCCCCCAUCUGCUUACCCCAUAUUUAAACUGCUGACCCUGGAUCAGUACCUGCUCUGUACUCAGAACCCAAUAAAGAAAGCCUUUUGUACUCACA